AUGUCAACAGCCAUCCUGAAAGCAGCCCCCAUCCACUUCGGUCCAUUCAUCGUCACAACCCAGGUCUUCCACCUAACCCCGCAAACCUACGCCCUCGUGAACCUAAAACCCAUCCUCCCAGGCCACGUACUCGUCUCGCCCCGCCGCGUGGUACCCCGCGUCUCCGAUCUCACCGCCACCGAAACGGCGGAUCUGUUUCUGACUGUGCGGCGCGUGGCGCGGCUCGUCGAGCGGGUCUACGGUGCCUCCAGCUUGAAUAUCGCUAUCCAGGACGGCGCGGACGCCGGGCAGAGCGUGCCCCAUGUGCAUGCGCAUGUUAUUCCGCGGCGGGCGGCGGAUCUUGAGAGUCGGGGCGGGGUCGAUGUUGUUUAUGAGAUUUUGGAGUCGGAGGAGGGGGAUUUAGGGAGGAUUUUAUCUGAGAGGGAGGGGGAGGAGCAGGGGCAGGGGCAGGGGCAGGGGGCUAAUGGGGGGAGGAGGAGGUUUCCGAAGGUGGAUAAUGAGGAGAGGCGGGCGAGGAGUUUGGAGGAGAUGGAGGCUGAGGCCUCUAUGUUGAUGAGGGAGAUGGAAAAAUUGGGAGAUGAUUAA